CUCACUUCAUCCAAAACUUCAUCAACGAAGCGAAAAGGACAAACUUGAAAACACAACACACUGAUUAAAACAUUGAAGUGUGUUCCAUUGUUCAUUAAAGGCGUUUUCCUCUCUAAAACAUUGAAAAAAAAAAGCGGCGCGCUUUAUUUACCGUAAAUUUUAAAACAUAGAUAACACACAACGCAGGAAGUUGCUUUUGUUUUCUCUCUCACUCUCUAGGAAUAAGAAGAUAACACACAUAUAAUAUUUGUAGAUUACAAAUUACAUACAACAAUUGAUUUAAUAUAGAAGAAAAAUGGGUAUUUGCGCAACUAAACAACCAGGAUCAGUCCAAGCACUGAAUGAAAUUGAAAAGGGAAGACAACAACAAGAAAGAGAAAUUAAAGUCUUGCUUUUGGGAGCAGGUGAAUCUGGUAAGAGUACCAUUUUCAAGCAAAUGAAGAUUAUCCAUCAAAAUGGUUACUCUGAAGAAGAAAGAGAAUCAUACAAGGAAAUUAUCUACGGUAACAUAUUAAAAGCCAUGAAGAAUCUGGUCCAAGCGACCUUCUCUUUUAACAUUCCUAUUGAACAGGAAGAAAACAGAGAACGUGCUGGUAAGAUCAAUGAACUCGAACAAGAAGCUCUGCUACACGUACAUAAAUAUUGGACAGCUGAAAUUGCUGACGAUAUUCAAUGUUUGUGGUCAGAUCCUGGUAUUCAAAAAGUUUUUGAGAAACGUAACGAAUUCCAAUUGGACGAUUCUGCUCCAUACUAUUUCACUCACCUUGAUAGAAUUAAACAAGCUGACUAUAAGCCAACUUUAGAAGACGUUGUCAGAUCAAGAGUCAAGACAACUGGUAUUGUAGAAAUGAGCUUUAAAUUAGAUGAUAGAUCUGUAACCUUGAUCGACGUUGGUGGCCAAAGAAACGAACGUAAAAAGUGGAUUCACUGCUUUGAAGGUGUCACUGCUAUUAUCUUUGUUACAUCACUGAGUGAGUAUGAUCAAAGAUGUUAUGAAGAUGAUUCCACCAACCGUAUGCAUGAAUCCUUGCUAUUGUUCGACGAAAUUUGUAACUCUAGAUGGUUCAUGGAUACAUCCAUUAUCUUGUUCUUGAACAAGAUGGAUUUGUUCAAGGAAAAGAUCAAGAGAACUGAUCUCAGUCAAUUCUUCCAAGAAUAUGAAGGUGGUAGAAACUUUGAAACUGCUGCCAGCUUUAUUCGUUCUAAAUUCGAAGAAAAGAACAGAAAUCCAAGACACAAGACCAUCUAUGCUCACUUUACAUGUGCCACAGAUACACAACAAUUACAACAGGUCUUUGAUGCCAUCAAGGAUAUCAUUCUUAACAAGACUUUAAGAGAACAAGGUCUUUUCUAAAUGUCCUCCCACAUUGUCAUAUUACUCUAUUAUCAACCCAAAAGAACUUUUCCAAUUCUCUUUCCCCACAAACAAUCACACAUAAAACAUCGAAUGAAAAUAAGUGUUCAAUUUUGUAAAUAACAUAAUACUUCAAUUCCAAUUAAAUAAAAACACAUUAAAA